AUGACGGAUAUCCAGAUAGAGCGUGCCUACCAGAAUCAGCCGACCACCUUCCAGAACAAGAAGCGGGUGCUGCUAGGGGACACCGCCAAAGAGAAGCUUCCCAGAUACUACAGGAACAUAGGGCUGGGCUUCAAGACCCCCAAGGAGGCCAUCGAGGGCACCUACAUUGACAAGAAGUGUCCCUUCACUGGUAAUGUCUCCAUCAGAGGCAGGAUCUUGUCUGGUGUGGUGACCAAAAUGACGAUGCAGAGGACCAUCGUCAUCUGCCGGGACUACCUGCAUUACAUCCACAAAUACAACCAAUUGGAGAAAGAUCACAAGAACAUGUCUGUGCACCUUUCUCCCUGCUUCCAGGACGUCCGGAUUGGAGACAUUGUGACUGUGAGUGAAUGCAGGCCCCUCAGCAAGAACUUGAGGUUCAACGUGCUGAAGGUCACCAAAGGCCCUGGGACCAAGAAACAGUUCCAGAAGUUCUGA